AUGUUCACAAACAGCUCUAUGAAAACUCCAAAUUUAGUUAAUGCUAUUAAGGAAGUUGUUGAGGCAGUUCAGUUAACGCUGCUUAAAGUUAUUGCUUUUAAAUGCGACCAAGCAAGCACUAACGUGGCAGCUAUAAAUAUAUUAAAAGCGGAAACUAAUGCCAAAUACUUAAGAAAAUCUCAUAAGGAAAAAAGAAAUUUAGGAUUUGAAUUGGGUGGUCAAGAAAUUGUGACGUUAAUUUGA